CCCGGCAGGGCCCUCCCCCGGCGGCGCGCGCCCGCGCGCGCACACCCUCGCAUACCCUACCUCCGCUCCAGCCCGGCGUCGCCUACCCCCCGCGAGUGCCGAACCCCCCGGGGCCGGAUGCCAUGGGUAACAACUUCUCCAGUAUCCCCUCUCUGCCCCGAGGAAACCCGAGCCGGGCGCCGCGGGGCCACCCCCAGACCCUUAAAGACUCCAUCGGGGGCCCCUUCCCUGUCCCCUCCCACCGAUGCCACCACAAGCAGAAGCACUGCCCUCCGGUGCCACCUGGUGGGGGGCUCCCGGCCACACCACUUCUCUUCCACCCGCACACCAAGGGCUCCCAGAUCCUCAUGGACCUCAGCCACAAGGCCGUCAAGAGGCAGGCCAGUUUCUGCAAUGCCAUCACCUUCAGUAACCGCCCGGUUCUCAUCUAUGAGCAAGUCAGGCUGAAGAUCACCAAGAAGCAGUGCUGCUGGAGCGGGGCGCUGCGCCUGGGCUUCACGAGCAAGGACCCAUCUCGCAUCCACCCUGACUCGCUGCCCAAGUACGCCUGCCCCGACCUGGUGGCCCAGAGCGGCUUCUGGGCCAAGGCGCUGCCCGAGGAGUUUGCCAACGAGGGCAACAUCAUCGCUUUCUGGGUGGACAAGAAGGGUCGCGUGUUCUACCGCAUCAACGACUCGGCCGCCAUGCUCUUCUUCAACGGAGUCCGCACGGCCGACCCGCUCUGGGCCCUGGUGGACGUCUACGGCCUCACACGGGGCGUCCAGCUGCUUGACAGCGAGCUGGUGCUCCCGGACUGCCUGCGGCCCCGCUCCUUCACCGCCCUGAGGCGGCCGUCGCUGCGGCGCGAGGCCGACGAGGCGCGCCUCUCCGUGAGCCUGUGCGACCUCAACGUGCCGGGCGCCGAGGGCGACGAGGCCGCGCCGGCCGCCGGCUGCCCCAUCCCGCAGAACUCGCUCAACUCGCAGCACAGCCGCGCGCUGCCGCCGCAGCUCGACGGCGACCUGCGCUUCCACGCCCUGCGAGCCGGCGCGCACGUCCGGAUCCUAGACGAGCAGACGGUGGCGCGCCUGGAGCACGGGCGCGACGAGCGCGCGCUCGUCUUCACCAGCCGGCCUGUGCGCGUGGCCGAGACCAUCUUCGUCAAGGUCACGCGCUCGGGCGGCUUGCGGCCCGGCGCGCUCUCCUUCGGCGUCACCACGUGCGACCCCGGCACGCUGCGGCCCGCGGACCUGCCCUUCAGCCCCGAGGCCCUGGUGGACCGCAAGGAAUUCUGGGCCGUGUGCCGCGUGCCCGGGCCCCUGCACAGCGGCGACAUCCUGGGCCUGGUGGUCAACGCCGACGGGGAGCUGCACCUCAGCCACAACGGCGCCGCGGCGGGCAUGCAGCUGUGCGUGGACGCCUCGCAGCCGCUCUGGAUGCUCUUCAGCCUGCACGGGGCCGUCACGCAGAUCCGCAUCCUCGGCUCCACCAUCCUGGCAGAGCGAGGCAUCCCAUCACUCCCCUGCUCCCCUGCCUCCACGCCCACCUCGCCCAGCGCCUUGGGCAGCUGUCUCUCUGACCCCUUGCUCAGCACGUGCAGCUCCGGACCUCUGGGCAGCUCUGCUGGCGGGACAGCCCCCAACUCGCCAGUGAGCCUGCCUGAGUCACCAGUGACCCCAGGCACAGGACAGUGGAGCGAUGAGUGCACCAUUUGCUAUGAGCAUGCAGUGGACACGGUCAUCUACACAUGUGGCCACAUGUGCCUCUGCUACGCCUGUGGCCUGCGCCUCAAGAAGGCUCUGCACGCUUGCUGCCCCAUCUGCCGUCGCCCCAUCAAGGACAUUAUCAAGACCUACCGCAGCUCCUAGCCCGUUGUGGCGCCCCAGCCCGCACGCCUGCCUCCUCAGACUUCGGCCCCACGCCAGCCAAGGGGCGAGCCAACAGGGCCCCUUCACUUCUUACUGAUUUGGGAAACUCUUUCCUCUUCUCCAUUAAACAUGGGGAACUGAGGCCCUCAAAGGUUUGGGAAGAAAGAAGGUAUGAGGCAGGGAGGUGAGGGGCAGAAGCAAAUUGCCUGGCCCUGCGGAGGGGAGGGGGGGAGGAAUCCACUCUCUCCCUGCCUUUCCCUUUUCUGUAGCCAGCUCUUCCCUGCAUGCUGAAGGGCUGGGGGGCGGGUCUCUCAGCCUGCCCUAAUCCUUCUCCAUCUGGGGCAGAUUGGUAGGAAGUCCUCUAGCCCAUGUAAGAGAAAACAUGUCGCUGCCUCUGGGCAGAUGUGUCCCUGAGUCAGGGCAUUCAGAGUAUGGCCUGGACUUCAGUCUCCAUUUGUUCUCUCAGCCAACUGCGCUGGAGCAGUGUACAACCUGCUCAACAACACCCCUAGGCAGGUAGCCCCUGAGCUGUACCCACCUUCUCCUUCCUGCCUUCCCUGCCCCUCAGGCCUGGCAGCCAGGGGUGAGGAGGCCAGUGGAUACCUCUUAUCCUGGGCAGGCCGCAGCCUCCAUGCCAUGUCCCUCUCCCACUCACCCAGGAUGGGUCCCUGACCCUGUGUCCUGGCUGAGAUGCAGAGGGCCCCUUCCUGGUCAUAGCCUUUCUGCCCCGUCAUCUUGCCAGCUGCCGCCGCCCAGGAACAGCCUCCUGCUGUGAGCUACAGAGCAGUCUGGCCUCUGUCAGGCUAGGAACAGGUUUGUGUCUGGUGUGACAUGUCCUCGCAGAUCGCAGUGCUGUCCUGGGCCUGGCUGAUACUCCAAGGCUGUAGCAUCCCAAGGAGAGGCCAGGGCCCUGGAUUGGGGGUGGGGGUGGGAUCCCCUGGGGUAAAACCAGCCUUUUUCCUUAUUUUUAUUUAUUUAUUUAUUUGGUUUGUAGAUCUUUUUUUUAAUGGGGGGGGGUGAGUUGCCAUCACCCGAGCCCCUGGAAACGCUGCCCUGUGUGGAGUGCCCGGUGAGAGCACUGCAGAGGUGGUUCUCACAGUCUUCCCCAGGCGCCCGCUCACAGUCCAUGCCAGCUCUGCUUACACAUGACUUAGAACUCCAGAAAGAGGGGCUGAAUUGGGAGGCUGCCUUUCACAUUGUGUCCAUUUUACAGAGAGACAAUACUGAGCCUCCUUAAUGUUCUAGGGCUGGUGGAUCGCCCAGAGCCACAAAGUGCCCUUCUUCUCUGGGCUGCAGUGGGGUGAUCAGAGUUGGCUCGAAUCCAUCGGAGGCCCAGGAGCUCCCCUUCCAUGAGGACAUAAAAAGUUCUGGGAAGGCUGAAGGAGGGGGGCCUAGCUUGGGCCUGGGAACAGGGCUGGGGAAGCUCCUAGCAAGGGCAGGGAGGCCGUUCUUAGCGAGGCCUCUCCAGCACCAGGAAAGAUGAGGGAAGGGGCUGGGUCCCAGCACCUCUGGAUUAUUUCUGGUUCUGGGGUGAAGAAGUGUCCCCCACUCCUGCUCUCAGCCUUGCCUGCCCUACUCUGAUAGGCUGUGAGCCAGGGCCCGAUCUCCUCCCAGCCUCCCAACCCUCUGCCCUCUCCGAUGGCUUUUACAUCCAUCAGAAACUGCUGUCCCCCGUGGCUUGCAGAGUAUGGGCUUCUAGACCCGACCACUGGGUGGCUGGGUGGCGCUGCCACCUCUGUAAAAUGAUUGAGGGUGAGGGGAGCAGACUCUCUGUGACUCUUGGGAGUUCUGUGGGGAGGGGCUGCUAUAGGGUGCUGGGUGAGACAGCACUAGGGGGUCAGGACACCAGGCUGGGACCUUGCACCUGCCUUGCAGUGGGCCUCUGGAAGUCAUGGUUCCACUGUGGGUCUCUACUCCCCAGUCACUGACCCCGGAGUCCCCUUCUGUGGGAGUAGGGGUGGGGAGUGGGCCAGAUGGUGGUCCCAGCCAGUCCAGACUCUCGGCUCAGAGGCAAGGAAAGGUCUUACGUUGCAGGGGCUGCGUGGCCUGAGGUUGGGGAGAGGGAGCCAUCCGUACCACUGUCUCUGUUAGUGCUGGGAUAGUUGCUGCCUCCUUUGUGAACUUGGGUCGCUGUGAUUGUGAAUAAAGGUGAUUUCGUACCAGCCUGA